GCAGGUAGAACGCGCGAAACGCAUUCCUCGACACACACAUAAUAUACAAGUACACACGCCGGAGCCGAGUGGACGUACCUACGAUGGUAAUAGUGCAACCGCGGUUAACCGUCGCCGGGAUACGGCCACCGACCAGUAGUAAGUAACGAUACCGGAGGACUCUACAAAUCCGGCCAUUCGUCCUGCAGCCAUGCAGGUGGGCGGCCUGACUCUGCGGAAACAGUGCGGCGAGCGGACGUGUCCCGAAUACUACGUGUGCUCCGACCACGACUUCCAGUGCUAUCCGUGCCUGUCUUAUUGCAACGACACGUCGCACAACUACGACGCCAAGAUAUGCGAGCUGCAGUGCCAAGAUUACAUUCACGACUACGUGCGCCAUUAUGUCAAGGAAAGAGACGUUCAAGAGGCCCUGCGAGAGCUGGAGAGCCUCAAGAAUCUAAUCAUAUUCAUGACGGUGAUGGUGGCCAUCGCCCUGGUGUUCAUAUCGGUCACGCUGGCGUUCAUAUGGAGCCGGGAAAAGAGAAUUAGGAAAAUCAAAAACGGCGGUCAAGAUUCGUUUUUCAAAAAAAAAUUAGCCUCUCUACAGUACCUGAAAAAGAGAGACAAAGUGGCCACCGUCAGCGAGUCGGUCAGCGCCAAGAUGCACCAGUCGACGGCGUCGUUGGCCAGCGCCGUCACGCAAACGGACAUCGUGACGCCGGCGUCUUCGGCCGGCAGCGGCCACCGGACCAACACGUCGUCUGCGUCGUCCGGCGGCGGCGGCGGCAGUGGCUCGUCCAACAAAUUGCCGUGCGAGGACGCCACACUUCUGGAAUUCGCCGGCUACGACAACUUCGCCUUGAAGUCGUCGCCGGUGCUCGGCAAACCGGCCGAAUUGCAAUUCACACCGUGAGCGGACGGCGCGUACCAGAGUUGGCCGAGACUCUCGUCGACUCUGUUCAAAUAUUAUUGUUUACAAAUUUUUUUUUUUUUUUUACAAAAAUACUUUUUCUUGCUCAUCACAAAAUAUUGACUGUAGAUCUACAUUAUUAUUACUACUAUAGUUUAGAUUGUUUUUAAUUGUUAUUGCUGUGUAAUAGUUGAAUGUAUAGAUAUCAUGAAAUAUUUUUUAAUUUCAUUUAAAAAAAUAUAUAUAUUUUCGUUUACAUCACAUUUUAACGUUACUUUUUACAUACGUACGAUUUUUAAUGAUUAUUAUUGCAAUUAUAUACCACAUCGUUUACAGUAUUAUUAUUACAUUUAUUAUAUAGUCUAUAUUAUUAUGUGUUUUAUAAUAAUUAUCCUGCGGCGGCGUAACGCGCAGUACUUAAUAGUCGUGCCUAUAUUAUGUUAUGUUUUUUUUCAUUUUCGCCGACCAUUUGUCGGAGGCACUUUGUAGGAAUAUUUUCUUAAAGUAUUCGCUGUUUAGUAAUUAGUAAGUAUUAUAGUGUUUAGAUUUAGAAUAAAUGCCGCUGUGCGAAGGAUGAAACAAACCUUUGUCAGUAAACCCCGUCCAAUAACUUUAAACGUUUUGAUUGUACUUUUAUAUACAGAAAGUACAAUCUUGACAAUUUUAAUUAUUUAUUUAGCGAUAGUGUAAAUAUAUUUUUUUGUAUAUAAUAAAUAUUAUUAAGCGUGCAUAUUGUGUAGCCUAUCUUUGCAAUUUAAGGUGAAAAUAGACAUAUAGCACUAAUAAUUUAGGCAAUGAUUUAAGUAUUAUUAAAAUAAUAGUAUUUGUUUUUUUAGCGCGUCCGUCGAGUAUUAUUAUUUAAUUUUUAUAUACUACACGAAAAAUAAGACAAUCAUAUUGCAAUUACGAUAAUUAUUAUUAUAAUGUAUUUUGAUUAUAUUAUUAUCGAUGUCCGCGUUCGGAUUGUGAUGUUCCAACAAACGUCAAAUGAUGUGCAAUUUAUUAAGUUAUAUUAAAAUAUUGUCCUAAUUGUUGUUGUAGCACAUAAUAAUUAUUUGUAUGUUAAUAUGUAAGAAGUAAUAUUGUUUUGUUUGACAACAUUACUAUUUAAACGUGUAUCAAAAGCAAUAAUAGUAAUAAUUUAUUCACUAUACUAAAGAAGAUACAAGAACUUAUAAUAUUGAUUACUAGAACUAUAAUUAGUUCCCUAGUAAUGUAUGUUUUUUUUAUUUACAUCUAAUGAACAAUCAGUAUUAAUAAUAUUAUUAACGGACAAUCUGUUAUUUUU